GGGGGGCGGUCUCUGACUCUGUCAGUCACACGGGGUGUUUGUUUUCUUCCUUCCUGCAGGCGGUCCGGCAGACAAUGGUCUCCGCCGGCCGGGCCGGGCUGUGAGCGGCCCCGCGGAGGCUGGCGGACCGGGGCAGGCUGGGUCUGCCGGCCGGCGCCGCGCGGAGCUCGGCUGCAGAGCGGGGCCUCCCCCGUGUGAGCUGUUCCAGUCCUGGGAGCGCCGACAGGCACUUGGACUCAGAAAUCUUAAUCGCUUGGAGCAGAAGUUGGACAAAACUCAGCAAGAGGAAAUAGGGAGACUGCAGGGAAUAAAGAGAGACAUAGGUGGUGUGGGAAGAGCCUGUUACAUAAGCAAAGUGAAGCUGAGGUACAAGUAGGGUGUGUGUUAGGUACAAGAGGGUUGCCAUACUAGAUUACGUCUGUGGUCCGUGUACCUGGGUAUCCAUCUCUGACAGUGGCCAGCACCAGAUGCUUCAAAGGGCAAGAAACCCCAGUAGAUAAAUCUGUCACAUUCUGAGCACCUUUCCCAGACCUAAAGGAGAGCUCUCUGGGUAUGUCCAGACUACCUGCCAUAUCGGCGGGUAGCCAUCGAUUUUUCAGGGAUCAAUAUCGCGUCUCAUCUAGAUGCGAUACAUCGAUCCCUGAACAUGCUCUAGUCGACUCCAGAACUCCACCGGAGCAAGCAGUGGUAGCGGAGUCGACGCUGGGAGCCACGGAUGUCAAUCCCGCAUGGUGAGGUUGGGAGCCCCGUCCUUCCCCAGGAGGCUGCAGUUGGAGCUGAAGAUGAAAAGGUCUAAUCAUGAGAGAACAUAUGUACAUGUCUCCAUGAUUACUCAUCAGUAAGCACCUUCUAUGACACCACAGCAUGGAUGUGGAGGUUGACUGGGAGUCUGAUAAUGACACUUGUGACACAGGUGAGGAGCAUUCAGAUGACUCCAGCCCUAUCUCUGAACGGAUUGGUCGCAAAGCCAGCCUCCAGCUGGAGGUAGAGGAAGAUUACUCACCACCAUCUAGUCCUGCUUGCAGCCUUGCUGGACCUUCCGUUAGACAGGAACUCCCUGUAGAAUUGCAGUGUGAAGAGGAGGAAACCCAUGAAAACUACUACCAGAAGCGUGAUUCAACCACCGCUGCAGUGUUUGUCACCUCCAGCACCAAUUUUGACCUGCAAUGUGAAGAUGAGGAUCUGGAGCUUUACUCCUCUGAGCACUCUGAGGAACCUCAGGGAGGGCUAAGUGAGGAUGAUGAAAACAUCAUUCUUAUUGAUGCCUUUGGUGAGGAGGAUCUGGAGCCCCUCUCUGGAGAAGCUUUGCCUUAUAGGUGCAAGAAGUGUGGUAUCUUUUUCCAGGAUUUGGGUGAAUUACAGGAACACAAACAGAUCCACCUGACAGAGCAUUCAUACCGAUGCCCAAUCUGUGGCAAAGAGUUCUUCCGUGCUGCGAACUUGCGAAUGCACAAGCUCAUUCAUUCAAGUGACAGGCCACACAAGUGUCCGGAGUGUGACAAGGGGUUCAUCCGCACAGCUGACGUCUGGAGGCACCUACGCAAUGUCCACAAGAUUGAACGUUCAAAAAUUUUGGGAAAUGGCAUGGUUAGGAACCCAUGGUCUUCAGUGCACCAGAACCAAAAUGGUGGUGGAGAUACCUAUCAGCAGUGUUCAGAUGACCAAAAGCCUGGAGGAGAACAGUCUAAACCUUACAUCUGUCCAACAUGUGGCAAAGGUUUCCAUAAACCUAAUCUGCUGUCGAAACACAAGGUGAUCCACCGACAGGACAAACCAUAUCAGUGUCAAGAAUGUGGAAAGUCCUUUAUCCAGCUGCUCAGGUUGAAAAGGCAUCAGCAAACUCACUCUGGAGAGCGCCCUUUCUACUGUGAGGAGUGUGGUGGAACCUUCACACGGCUGGCAUCACUACAGCGUCAUCAGCGGAUCCAUACUGGAGAAAAACCCUACUCUUGCGCUUACUGUGCUCAAGACUUCACAGAGUCAGGCUCCUUGAGGAGACAUGAACGCACUCACCAAGUGAAGAUGUCUUAGAGUCUAUAUUACCUCACUUGCUCUAGUGGUUGUUUUGUUUCCCUUCUUACCUGAGUGAAACCUGUCCACGCUUCUUAAGAAACCUCCAUACUCUACGCACAUAUGUCAGUCCAUAGCUACCUUCCCCAAAUAUUGCCAAUAUGACUCUGAUAAGGCAGCAGAGCCUCAGGAAGAACUCCAUGAUCUCUACAAGUAAAGACAUAAGUGAAGAGGAAAAAGCCCCAGUGCCAUUGAAGAAUGAGGUUAGAGAAUUUGUAGGACAAAUGUGGAGAGUGAAGGCCCCUAGAGGUGCUGGACAUUGUAGCUGGAUUUCUUUUGGGGUGUGUCAGAUUGAGUUUUUCCUAAAGAUUGGUGUGCUAAAUAGAGCUUUGGUGCCGUCCUGACCCUGAACUGAUGGGUACUGCUGUCUAGAAAGUGACUGCUCUGCAGCAGCGGAUUUGGAGAUCUGUCAUUGCAGACUGUUGCCAGGACUGCACAGUCCUCUUAGUCAGAUGUAGCCCAUCCGCACGUCUGUGAAUUCUUCCAUGGUUUUUAGUGAAGUACCUUUUAUUUGAAAGAGAAGGAUCAUGUCAGUUGCAAAAUAAUACUGUUCAGGACUUUAAUAAACUGGAAACUUAAUUAACAGUUGCACCCUUUGCGCACACACUUGCUUAUGGAUAUACUGAUCCUUCACGUGCUUAUAUAACCCAUGUCACAUGUAUGUAUAUUGGUGGAUGGAGAGAGGGUUGUAUGGCUUGCUGUGAUGGUGCAUAUGGGUACAGUGGGUUGUCCCUAUGGAUCUGUGCCAGUUGUGUCUUGGUGGAGAGCCUUUACUCUGCCCAGCUACUGUGUUACAGUAACAAAUGUUUUAGAAUUUAAAAUCACAAAAAUGCUAAUUGAAAAAAAAUAAGGAAUAUAGUGCUGUUUUUUAACACUGUAUAGUACUUGGAUUAAAGGUUCCUGAUUCCAGCUCUGAAUCUAGAAGAUCUAAUAUGGUAGUAGCAUCAAUCCUUAUCACAAAUUCUAGGGCAUUUUUUAAGGGAUUCUGGCAAUUUAAUUUCUUUUUUUGAACAGGCUAAUUAAAAAUCCUCAGUUUUGCACUACCAAACCCUUAAAAUAGAAUGCCUUUAAAUUUUUAAAACCAUUCUUUUUUAAAAAUGUGAUGGCUUCUGGCUUUUCCCCCCACCUUGUUUUUUGAGAAGGGUCUUUUGGGUUGGCCUAAGAGAAACACCUCUCCUUCUGCAUGCACUUUCAUUGUACGUGCAUACACCUUCAUCUUCUUUUUGGCUCUGCUUCUGCUAUGACUGCUAAACACCCAUUUUUUCAAAGCUCUGAGAAUGUUCACAAAAACUGCAAAGGGUCAGGUUCACUAAGUGUUGUCAAAUGCACAUGUAAAUAAACUAAAAAAGUGUGAACCAUC